GCAAUUUUAUGACUUUUGUUGUUGAAUAAAAAAGUAUUUGUAAAUUAAUCAAGUAUAUGCAUAUGCAUAUAUAUUAUUGCAUCUGUGAAAAAAAAUAGAAUUGUAAAUGUGUAAUCCACCUUGAACGAGUCAUGUUUUUUCUCUAACUUUUUUUUCUAAUGUCAACCAAAGGAAAGAUAUGACGUGUUACAGAUAAAUGAUCAAACAUUUUUUUCAAUAUAUCAUGCGAAUUAAUUAUAUGCGACCUAUUUAAAGAUAAAAUAUCAAUGAUUUAAAAAUUUUGUAAAAAAUGAUCUUGAGAAAAAAUUCUUUUCAUUGUCAGAUGUAAAAUUGUAUAACUUUGAAAUGGUAUAACUUUCUUUUAAACAUUUUUUCCAUAAAAUCAUUAAUAACAGAGGUAUUUAUGUGUUCCCAUUUAGAUGCCUCAUCCGGCAUAAUGAAAAUUGUUUUUGAAGGGAAUAAAGAUAUUUUUGAUGUUGAACAUGUUUUUAAAUAACAAUAAAUUUAUUUGUGAUCUUUUUUACCAACUGUUGUCAUGAAUGUAACUACUAAUUGCUUUUACCGAUUGUUUUGACUUUUUCGUAGUAGUAACAGUUUAACAUCAACAGAUAGUAAGCAGUAUACUUUUGAGUGGGUAAUAAAUUUCGUAUAUAUAAAGUACGCUUGUGAAGAAUGUGACAGUUCUAUGUAGCAAGUUACGUUUGAAAGAACAAAGCAAGUGGUUACAUUAAUGCGAUAGAAGUAUUCGUAGUGGCAGUGAGUCAUUGUGAAAGUGAGAUCACUGUAACAUUUGUUUUUAAAUAUAACAUGGAAGUUCUUGAUCCAAGUGUUUCGAGAGAUGAUUUACCACUUUGUGUUAAUGAUAAUUUGGAGAAAGUUAACAUAGAACAGAAUCGAUCUGAUACAAAAUCAUGCAUAAAAGCACGUUAUACCCUAGGUUUUCUAGGUUUUCUAGGUUUUGCUCUUGUUUAUGCAAUGAGAGUGAAUUUAUCAAUAGCAAUUGUUUCAAUGGUCAAUCAAACAGCUAUACCUAACAAUGAUGAUGAAAAUACUACUGAUGUUUGUCCUAAAGGGAAUCCUAUAAAUGGAACAUUUAUACCAAGUGCAGGAGAAUUCAAUUGGGAUGAAAAAACACAAGGUGUUAUAUUAGGAGCAUUUUUUCUUGGCUAUGUGGCAACAAAUAUUCCAGGAGGUAGAAUGGCUGAAAAAGUUGGUGGAAAGUUAGUCUAUGGACUAGGAGUUUUCUUAACUGCUGUCUUGACUGUAAUCAGCCCUUUUGCAGCAUAUUGGGGUUUGGUACCAUUUCUUGUAGUGAGAGUUGCAGAGGGAUUUACAGAGGGUGUUACUUUCCCUGCAAUGCACACUAUGCUUGCACAUUGGGUUCCACCAUUAGAAAGGAGUAAAUUUGCUGCAAUUGUAUAUGCAGGUGCAAAUUUUGGAACAGUUAUAUCAUUACCUGUAAGUGGAUGGCUGUGUUCACUGGAAUUGUGGGGUGGUUGGCCGCUUGCAUUUUAUUUGUUUGGAGGAUUAGGUAUUUUUUGGUAUGCAUUUUGGCUAAUCUUUAUUUAUGAUACACCUGCUCAACAUGUAAGAAUUGAUCCUGCUGAGAGAGCAUACAUUGAAGCCAGCGUUGAAAAAAAAAACGAGACUGGUGAUCCUGAUGUACCCUGGUUAUCAAUUUUUACAUCUCUGCCUAUGUGGGCUAUAACUGUAACUCAAUGUGGACAAUCCUGGGCUUUUUACACAUUGCUAACAGAGUUGCCAACGUAUAUGGAUAAAAUUUUACAUUUUGAUGUGCAACAAGAUGCAUUUCUUUCAGCAUUACCAUAUCUAAGUUCUUGGUUGGUUGGUUUAGGAAUAUCGAGUUUUGCGGAUGCUCUUCUUGCUCGGCAAAUCUUAUCUCCUUUGGCUUCGUUUAAAUUAUGGAAUACAGUGGCUUCUGCUGGUCCCAGUCUCAGUUUUGUAGGUGCUAUUUGGGCUGGAUGUGAUCGCAUGACUGUUAUGAUGAUGCUUGUUGGAUUAAGUUCAUUACAAGGUGCAGUGUUUGCUGGAAACCAAAUGAAUCACAUUGCACUAGCACCACGAUAUGCUGGUACUCUUUAUGGAUUUACCAAUGCAGCAGCUAAUGCUUGUGGAUUUUUGGCACCAUAUAUCAUUGGUAGAUUAGUUGAAGGACAUGAAACUUUAGCACGUUGGCAUACAGUUUUUUGGAUGGCAGCCGGAAUAAAUAUGAUAACUAAUUGUUUCUAUUUAAUUUUUGCAUCUGCUAGUGAACAACCAUGGAGCAAUGGUAAUAGUUGAUGAUGAAUUUUCUUAUACAAUCAAUAUCUAAUAUAAAGAAUAACAUAUCAUUCGAUGGAAUUGCUUUUAGUAUAUUUUACUAUGAGUUUACUAUGACAAAUGAAAGAGAUUAGUAUGAAUUACUCAUCAACUUUAAAUAGAUAAAUAACAAUUUUUAUUUUCUUCAUUCCACUACAGUUUCUUUACGUCAUGCUUUUUAUUUAAAUAAAGAAAUAAUAUUUUUUUAAUAAAUUUUUAUAGUAGUUUUUUGUUUUAAAAUCAUCUAUAUGUAGGUAUGAAGUAUUUUUUAUACAUACUUAUCAUAUCGUAAAGUAACAAAGAUAAAAAACACUUCUACAUUAAAUUAUACAGUUGGAAUUGAAGAUAAAUAAAAUUGUAGUAAUCAAUCUAAUUAAUAUAAUGUAUAUAUUAAGCUAAAUAUUUUUUUAUUUAUCUAUAAAAAUAUAUAGAAAAUUAAUAAUCUGAAAAAGCGAUAAAUUAUAAAAUAUUGGGAUAUUUAAGUUUUUUUUUUUUUUAUUGCCUUACGGUAUAAUAUGAGAGAAAACUUAUCAAAAGAGGAAUUUGUUCUGCAUGCGUAGGUUAAUUAUGUAAACAAAUAUUUUUUUGUAACAAGUGAAAGUGUAUUGAAUAUACAGAAUAUUUCAAAAUAGCUAUUCCUUAAAUGUAAUAAAGGGCAUAUAAUUAAACACUUUUUCAUAAUAAAAUAGUGUUCGAAAAUGUCUCCAUAUUGAAAUAAUACGAUAUGAAAAGGAAACUUCAAAUAAUUUCCAACGCAAUUUUUUUAGUUUAAUGACCGUAAAUUAGUGAAAUUAUCGUAAAUUGGUAGGUAUUAAAACAAUUAUAAAAAUUGUUCAGUAUUACGACUGCCUUUGUUGACAUACGAAUGCCGUUUAAUUGAACAACAAAUUCUUUGAAAUAUUUACAAAUAGUUACGAAGAUCAUCAAAAGUAAAAAUAGUUUUAACACAACUAACUCUUCUUCAGUAUUGAUAUAUGUCUCUAAUAAACGAUUGAUUUAAUAUGACAUUAGAUAUAAAAGUUACCUAAUUAAUUAGAGAAUGAUAAUAAAGAUUCAAGAGUUUCAACUUUUAUCUUAUUAAGUACGGAAAUACUUCCCGAUACUAUUAUGAAAAAGUGUUUAAUUAGAUGCCCUCCAUUAUAUUUCAAAAUUAGAAAUAGUUAUUUUGAAACAUCCUGUAUGGACGUAUUAUUUUGUUUUUAUUUAAAACGCAUGCAGCGUACAGAUAGAACAGAUAAGACAUUCAAAACCAAUCGUGUAUAUAACUUAAUAAUUACAUGUAAUUCAAUAAGAAUCUUUUAAAGUCAUGAGAAGAAUAUUAAAGCAUAAGUCGAUGUACAUUUAAAUAUUGUUGGCAUUUCAUAUAUAUGAAAAAAAGUUCGAAUAGAUUUGUUAAAUGUU